AUGGACGACUUGAUUGCAAACUUUCUUGCGUUCACAUCUACGGAAGAUGAAAACACCGCAAAACAGUACCUUGAGAUGACGGGGAACGAUCUCGAGUACGCGGUUACUCUCUACAUGGAAUCAGUCCCGCCACCAGCAGCAGAGACGCACACCAGCAACCAUGAAGAUGAUGAGCAGAUAGCACAGAGGCUUCAGAAUGAAGCUUACGGCGAACAGACUCAGGUGAGAGCGGCUGACACAAACAUUCACAGACAUGAGACUUUGGUCGACUCCUUCCCCCCUCAGUAUGGUGGUGAAGGUUUGGGAUCAAUGCACAGUUCCUUCAACAAUGCUGCCGCUAUGUUUGGCGCUGGAAGAGUUGGAAUAUUCAACCAACGAUUUGAUGACGAGGAGAAUGAAUACCACCAGCACAGAUUUGAGGAGCAAGAUGAUGAGGACUACAAUGACGAUGUAGAUUACGAAGAUGAAAUUGAAGACGACGAUUUUGUUGAGAUCCAAGAUCUCGAUAAUGACAACGACAACGACAACGACAACGACCAAGAUGAAGAUAUAAUGAUUGUAGGAAGCAAUGACGAAGAUGUCACGAACGGUAGGCGUCCUAUAGGACGUAGAAGAGUCAACAGGGACUCCAGAAUGUCCGAUCUUUCGUUUACUCAACAGAGGUUGGCCAAUUUGUUUAGACCACCUUUCGAUAUCAUGUCCAAGAUUAACUUAGACACAGCCAAGAGUGAAGGAAGAUUAGCCAAGAAGUGGAUUCUUAUUAACAUUCAAGAUGCAAGGGAAUUCCAGUGCCAGGUUCUCAAUCGUGAUUUUUGGUCGCUGACGCGGAUCAAGCUGAAGGUGAAGGAUAACUUCAUCUUCUUGCAGUAUCAACAUGAUCUGGCAAAUGGAUUAAACUAUACAAAUUUCUAUUCCACAGGCCAGCUUCCACAUAUAGCCAUCUUAGACCCAUUGACUGGUGAAAGGGUACGCACUUGGGAAGAUGGAGUUGUGCCACAGGUAGAGAGUUGGUGCAGCGAUGUAGACGAAUUUCUAACUGAGUUUUCACUUGCUCCAGGCUCUCAGAACCCUGUCGUUAAGCACGAAGUUAAAUUUGACCCCGAUGCAUUGACCGAAGAGCAGCAAAUAGAAUUCGCAUUGAAGCAAUCGAUAUUGGAUAAACAGGAACAAGGCACAGCUAACGACCCCAUUGACCUUGAUCCCUCCUCAGAACCUGAAUCAGCACCUAAAGUCCUUGAACAGCCAGAAGAAACAGACCCCUUCAAACGUAUUCUGGCUGCAGAGCAUAAAGAACCUGAAGGUCCUCCAACUGCAACAACCAGAGUGCAGAUCAGAUUUCCUAAUGGUAAGAGAGUCAUACACAAGUUUGAUACAGAAAAUGAUACAGUUCUUCAAUUAUACCAAUGGUUAAAAUAUUUAUUAGAAUCCUCCCCUGGCAAUGAGUAUGGAUUAGCUGCCGGUGAUCACUUCAGUCUUUCUACGCCACUGAAUAAGUCCGGAAAGCCUUUAAUUGAAUUAUUAGAUAAUUCCAUCGUAGAGGCAGGCUUGAAGAAUGCUAGUGUAUUGCUAGAGAAGGAAUAA